AUGAACCCGCUAUGGAAGACGUACAAGAGCAAGGUCAUGAAGACCUUGAACGCCGAGAUGGAGGAGGACGUGGCAGAAGAAGAGGAGUCUGAGGUGGAUACGUCACCCAUCCAGCAGGGAGGGGAGGAGGGGCCCAAUGUGGUGUCCCAACUCAGCACCAACCUCAAGAAGAUGCAGGGUGCCAGUGUGAAGGGCUGGAAGAGCGUCUCAGCUCUCUUUAACAAGGAGGACGAGCACCAGCUACUGUCUGAGUCAGAAGGGGAGAACCAUUCGGAACCUGAACCCAUAAAUGAUCAUCCAUUGGCUGUGAGACCAGAGGAGCCCGCCUCCAGCCGGUCCAACAAGCGAAUGACGGGCUUCUGGGACAACUUUGCCACCAAGUUCCAGCAGGCCAAGCAGGCUCAGGCCGCCGCGGCCGCUGCCAUGGCGAAGGGGGCGGGGUCUGAAGCCGACGUGGAGGCGGGCAUUGACAACCAGGGGCAGAGCGUAGAUGGAGAGAACCAGGAAGCAGCAGGAGGAGGAGAGGGGGAGGGCGGGGGCAGUGAUGCAGCGGCCGGGGGAGAGGAUGGAGAUGGAGGUGGGGGCAACAGCUUCUCCAAGUACACAUCCCUGGGCGGGGGCAAUGGGGACACGUCACUCAAAUGGAACUUUGUCACCGGCAAACUGGCUGAGCUGAAGAUGAAGAGCAUGGCCAAGACCAACUAG